AUUUCCGUACACAAUCCAUUAAAUUACGAUUUUACCCUUCUGUCCGUAUCUCUGUCCCGUGGACAUGUCUUUCAACAUGCCCUCAAACCCAUUUGUCUUGAAUUCUCAUGCCGAUGAAGCUUUUGUUUUCGGCGCCAUUGGAAAUCAUUUGGUCCAAAGUAAUUCUAUGUUGGUUUCUUCUAACCAUAAGAACCAUGAUGUUUCUGGUCAUGGGAAAUACGGCAAUAUGUUGAAUAGCGUGAAACAAGAGCCCGGCAUGGUUCUUCCUUCACGCUAUUUCCCGUCAUCUUCUUCUUCUUCGUCGUCGUUCAUGUGUUCUCGAAACUCGAUACCGAUUCCUUCUUUCGGGCCGAGCAAUCAGUUUGAGCUCGGAAAAAGGAUGGUUCGAGAGAUGAGAAGAAACCUCAUCUCGACGUCGCCGCCAAGGACUCGGGUCUCAAGCUCUAUCGAUUACUUUCCUAUCGAAGAUAACCCUCAUAUGACCCGUGUAUCUAUCACCGAAACCGUCACAAAGCAAUUGUCCGCGGUCGUUCCGACCAACAACAUCGUCUCUGUCCAAAACGACAUGGAACGCGUGAAACGUGCCUUGGUCUGUGAAUCCAACGUUUGGAACUCCCCGGCUAGACACGCGAGUUUGUCUCAAAACGUUCAUGGCCGAACCAAACGUACCGAGAUCUUGAGGGCUCAACCUCUAAGCAUCGUUUCUCCGCGAGUUCAUCAUAACCGAAAUCCUUAUCCUUGGCACCGCGGGAAAAACAAACUAGACAAUCUUUUCCCUCGAUCCCACAAAGAUCCGGUUUAUCCCGGAUCCUUCAACAUCUCCCCUUCAUCGAAUCAUCGUGAUAUCCCGAAUAACGGCUGUCAAGAGUUUCAUCUACAAGCAAACCAAGGGAAAAGAAGCCGCGAAUAUAAAAAGGAUGGAGAUAUGGUCGAGUAUUUCUUCAAUUAUUCCGAGGAAGACGAAGACAAUGGCUACGACGGGCGGACUCAUAGCCUACCUUACGAGAAAUACGGGCCAUAUACAUGUCCCAAGUGCAACAACGUGUCCGACACUUCGCAGAAGUUUGCGGCACAUAUGGUUUCGGUUCAUUAUAAGAACGAGACGAGCGAGGAGAAAAGGAAGAGGCUCCGCGCGAGGUACAAGAAACGAUUUGGUAUGCUGCACCCGGAGAUGGUAGGCGUCAAACUCGACAUCUCCGAGCAUUUGGGGGCGCGAAAAGAAGUUGAGAAUAUCGAUUCAGAGGUCAAGGAAGAAGAAGGAACUGAAACGGAAGAUGGUGGGAGUAGCAAAGGAUCAAGCAAUGGUGAGGGUACGCUCUACAACGUUGUUGUGAAACAAGAGCUUAUGUAGUUGUUGUUUUUUUAUAUAUUUUUUAAAGUUUUUGUAAUUUAAAAUAAAUAUGGAUAUU